GUAAAAACCACUUCUCCAAUUUCAUUACUCAGAAUUCAAAAACACCACCUGAGAGCCUUUUGCCUCACUAAUUAAUCUCACUAUGGAGAAAGAAAACUUUCAGCCAUUAGCCACAGAGAGUUUUUCCUACAGCUGGUUGACACACAAAAAUCCAGCAUCAUCCUUAGAUACUUUCCUCGGUUCGAAAUUCGCCAGCACUAAUUCCGAAAAACAAAUAAGUUUCGACUUCGAUUUUUCGAUAACCACAUCAUCAUCUCCCACCAGUUGUCUUAUUCACGCGGACGAACUCUUUUCCGACGGGCAAAUCAAGCCUGUAUACAUGGAGAAAUCACAACCGGAGGCCCAAAAAACGUCAAAUAUUAUUUCGACCCCUCCAACUCCUCUUUAUUCUCCAAUUUCCCCAUUUGUGACCGAAAACAAUCGCCACACGCUCGGAAAAUGGAGAAAAUCAUCACAAAAGAUUUUGCAAAAGUGUAUUGGAUUUGUGAGGCCACUAUGCAAGAUGUCGUCGAGAAAGAGCAAUCGAGUGGACGAUCUCGACAGAAAGGUAUCAGAAGUUAAGAGUUGGAAUAACUCAUGUGAGGCUUCCCCAAGGCCAAGCUCUGCUUACUCUGUUUUCGAAUGGGCCGAUGUCGAAAAAAUCGAGAAAAAAAUCGACUUUUUUCACCGGUUGAAAAAGGCAAAGAGCGGGAAAAUCUCCCCACGAGCUUCGCCUAAUAUAAGCCCGUCUCGUUCAAGUAAUGUUUGGUUCGAUGCCGAUAACUCGAUUAAUGAAGCUAUUCUCUACUGCAAAAGAUCAAUAGCUAUAAAAUUUCUCCCGAUUGCAUAA